CGCCCCGCCUCGCGUGGAGCACGUCCAAGUAGCAGUCACAUACAUCCACACACUCACUUUCUGAGCGUACUGACCUCAGAGGAACACUUCCCGUCAGUGUCUUGAGUCGACAGAGAGCAGAAAUGGAGAGCGGUUCGUCUUCAACCGGGGACAGCGGACUGGACCGGGCUGUCGGUCAGUGGCUGCAGUAUGACCAGAAUCCAAAGACGGUGUCCAUGGUGCAGGCGCUGGUGAAAGAAGGAGCAGUGGAGGCUCUGAAGAAAUGUUUCUCCUCCAGGAUGGAGUUUGGUACGGCAGGUCUGAGAGCACCCAUGGGCCCCGGCAUUUCCUGUAUGAACGACCUCACUAUCAUCCAGACCACGCAGGGUUUCUGCCACUAUCUGGAGGAGAGUUUUGAGAACCUUAAAGAGCGAGGGGUUGUGAUUGGUUAUGACGCCCGGGCCCACCCUCCCAGCGGGGGCGGCAGCAAGCGCUUUGCCAGCCUGGCUGCGGCUGUGUUCAUCAGCCGAGGGGUGCCGGUCCACCUCUUUGCUGACAUCGUCCCCACACCCUUUGUGCCUUUCACAGUGUCCCACCUCGGUCUGUGUGCUGGAAUCAUGGUGACCGCCUCCCACAACCCCAAACAGGACAACGGCUACAAGGUGUACUGGGAGAACGGCGCUCAGAUCUCGUCUCCUCAUGACAAAUGUAUCGCCAAAGCCAUCGAGGAGAACCUGGAGCCCUGGCCCGAGUCCUGGGACACAGAGGAGGCCCUGAAGAGCCCCUUACUCAAAGACCCGUACCAGGACAUCCACACACAAUACUUCAAAGCCAUCCAGAACCACUGCCACAACAGGGACAUAAACAAGAGGUCAAAGGUGAAAAUUGUGCACACGUCCGUGCACGGCGUCGGCCACACAUUCGUUCAGUCGGCUUUCGAGGCCUUUGACCUUCCCGCUCCAUACGCUGUAGAGGAACAGAAAGAUCCAGACCCUGAGUUUCCCACCGUCAAAUAUCCCAACCCGGAGGAAGGAGAGGGAGUCCUGACGCUGUCCUUUGCACUGGCAGAGAGGGAGGGGGCCACCAUCGUGCUGGCAAACGACCCUGAUGCUGACCGACUGGCAAUUGCUGAGAAACAGGAGAGUGGACGGUGGAGAUUGUUCAGUGGUAAUGAAUUAGGAGCGUUGCUUGGUUGGUGGAUGUUCCGCUGCUGGAAACAGCAAAACUCCGACGCUGCUGCCGUUAAAAACCUCUACAUGCUGUCGAGCACCGUCUCAUCCAAGAUUCUGAGAGCCAUCGCUGUCAAAGAAGGCUUUCAUUUUGAGGAAACACUUACAGGCUUCAAGUGGAUGGGAAACAGAGCCAGAGACCUUUUGGACCAGGGAAAAUCUGUUCUGUUUGCCUUUGAGGAGGCCAUAGGGUAUAUGUGUUGUCCCUCUGUAUUGGAUAAGGAUGGAGUGAGUGCUGCAGCGAUAGCAGGAGAGAUGAUUUCCUAUCUGGCCACUAAAAGCACAAGCCUUUCUCAGCAGCUCACCGCCAUCUAUGAAGAGUACGGCUACCACAUCACCAAGAACUCCUACUUCAUCUGCCAUGACCAGGAUGUGAUCCGCAGCUUGUUCGAGCGUAUUCGCAACUACAAUGACCAGAAGGACUCGUAUCCCACUGAAUGUGGCCGCUUCUCCAUCUCCGCCGUACGAGACCUGACCACCGGCCACGACAGCAACCAGCCUGACAACAAGGCUGUUCUUCCCACGUCCCGUUCCAGUCACAUGAUCACAUUUAGCUUCUCCAACGGGGGCGUGGCCACCAUUAGGACCAGUGGUACGGAGCCGAAGAUCAAAUACUACACUGAACUCUGUGCUGCUCCUGGCAACAGUGAUGUGACGCAGCUGAAGAAGGAGCUGGAUGACCUGGUUGAAGCCAUUAUUGAAAACUUCUUGGAGCCAGAGAAGAAUAAGCUGCAGCCCAAGCCGCAGUAGCACUUCAUAAAAAAAUACAA